UUUGUGGGUGUAACGUGCAAAACGACGUCGAUUUGGUUAAAAUCAGUGAGGAAAAAAAAGAAAAAUCUGAACUGUGAUAUCUGCGUUAACCUGAACUGAAGUGGAUCUAGAGAGAGACUGCUCCUCGCCGCCGUAGAGGAAAGCUGGUUGGGAGCGUCAUCGCCGGCGACACAGAAACGACGUCGUUAAUGGAAAAGGGAAAAGGAGUGAUGGGAGCGCAGGGGCGAAGAUGGGGCGUUGACUUCUCAGACAAUUCAACAUCUCGCGAUAUUCCGGAUCCUCCUGGUUUUUCUCGCGCUUCUCUCGACAACGAUGAUUCAUCUCUCAGUCGCCAGAAGAAGGACGCUGAAUCCAAUUGGAAAGCCCAGAAAGCUUGGGAAGUGGCACAAGCACCUUUGAAGAAUUUGCUUAUGAUGGGGUUCAUGAUGUGGAUGGCUGGUAACACAGUGCAUUUAUUCAGCAUUGGUAUUACCUUCUCUGCUCUUUGGCAACCCAUUAGUGCCUUACAGAGCGUCGGAAAGAUUUUUGAGCCUUACAAAGACAAUAAGGUGGAGCUUCUGGGACCUAAGUUGUUGUUCAUAGCCCUUAAUUUGGGUGGCUUGGCACUUGGAGUUUGGAAGCUCAAUUCAUUAGGGCUUCUUCCUACACACACGUCAGACUGGGUUUCAUCCUUGCCACCUGCUCAGGUUGGAUUUGUGUUUUUAAUAAAUCAAUUGCAUUAUUUGUUUUAGGUUUUGUAAUAUUUGUGCCCUCUUCAAACAAUAGUUUGAAAGUUAGACAUGUUAUCUUGCUGGCUCCAAGAUUUUAUGACAAAACCUUGAGCACCUUCUAGGAUCUCUUCUUGACUAUUUAGUUGGGGAAGUAGAUUAAUUCAACACUUUGCUGUUUUAUUCUAUCAGGUUGCAGCUCAGCAGCCACAUGCUUCAUAAGUCUGAAUUUAAUUUGACCAAAUAAUUGUCUUCUUGUCAUUAUCUCAUAAAUGCAAACUUGAUGGUGUAAAAUCUUUUCAAAUUAUGUGCAGAAGAAUGAGUUUCAGCAUUUUGAGGAUAUUUGUUGAUGAUGAAUUACAUAUUGGAAGGAUAUUGACUGCCUGAAUUUCUUGGGAAAUUCUAUUCUAUUAAUCUAUAUUUCUUCUAAAGCCAUAGUACCUUUUUCUUUGUUUAUUUCCAUAUUGUUCCAAUGAUGAAGUCAAUAAUCAAUCAGUUUGAUUUUAUUGCUGCUGUUUACAACCAUUAUUGCUACUGGUUCAUAAUUUUUCUAAUUGUUAACGUAUUAAUCCCUAUAUACUUUUCAAUUGUAUAAGCCAGGAGUUAGUGUUCUUCUCCUUGUAUUUUUUUUAUACUUAAGUCUCAAAUUUAGAAUCAUGGUCUUCCUACCUAUUGCAUUGAUUAUUACAAAGUUUCGGCAACGAUUUAUGUUGGGUAACCAGACAUUUGAGAUUGCAUGGCUGUUGAGUAUACAAUUUAUUCUGUUCUCCUUUAUUGAGCUGACAUUAGUAGGCAAAUUAAUGAUUGCAAGUCAUUCUGGUCAAAACAUGAACACGCGCUUUUCAUUUGGUCUGUAAUUGUAAACUAGAUAGUGUGAUCACUUUUCAAUUUCAGCAAUGAAGGUUGAAUAUGAAAACAAAUCUAUAACUGGCUGGUGGGCCUCGUGCUUCUUUUUGUCAAUUUAAAGAUCUGAUAAUUGGUUCGGUCAUUUUCAUUAUAAUGAUAUUGUAAUGACUUAGUUCCUUUGCUUUAUUUGUUCAUGACCUUGCUUUUUUCUUAUUCAGGAAGUGGAGUUUUCUGGUGGGGGUGUAAAUUUGGGUUGAUAUGGAAGCUCUUCUUCACGCCCAUCAUGUCUUGGAGGGAAUUUAAGUAAAGAAAGAUAAGGGUUCAGUCCUGCUGGAUAACAGCAUAUUCUGAUGGUUGUUAUGGACCGUGUGAGGCAUGAAUUGUUUCUGAUUUACAUAAAUGUUAUCAAUGCUCGUAGUCAUCAUAAUUGGACAGGGUUUGUAGUAGUAGACUGGGGUUGCUUUGAAUAAUUAGAAGAGUAUUUCUAUUUUUAUUUAGGAUACUAAUAUUUGCACAUUAUAAUCGUCUACUUCUCUUUUAUCAGAAUUGAUAUAGAGGAAAAUGAUGUACAAGAACCUCCCAUAUAUUUUUGAAGCAUUAGCUAAUGAUUUCAUU